AUGUCCUGCUCCAGCCUGUGCGCCCCUGUGUGUGGGGUGGCCGCCCCAGCCCCAGUGGCUGACAGCUUCAACGAGCCCUGUGUGCAGCAGUGCCCUGACUCCACCGUGGUGAUCCAGCCCCCGGCCACGGUGUUCACCUUGCCCGGGCCCAUCCUCAGCUCCUUCCCACAGCACGCCGUGGUCGGCUCGGCAGGAGUCCCGGGUGUGGCAGGGGGCUUCGGUGGCACUUUUGGAGGCCGUGGUGGCUUUGGGGGCUAUGGAGGCCUUGGGGCUUAUGGUGGCCUUUUCGGUUAUGGCGGCAUUGGGAGCUAUGGAGGCCUUUUGGGCUAUGGAGGCCUUGGAGGCUAUGGGGGCUAUGGAGCCUUUGGGAGCUGUGGAUACGGUGGCUGGCGUCGGGGCCACAGGUACCUCAGUGGCAACUGCGGACCCUGCUAA